GAAAAAUUGGUGCCCCUAAACUGUUGACACGUUAUCUUAGUUGCAGCUUUUUAGAGGAGAGGAGAGAAAAGAAAGAGAGAAGCAGAGAAAAUGGCGGCUUUCAAUAUUCCACCACCGUCCACCACCACAACCACCUUCUCGUCUCUUCCUUCUUCUUACUGUCACUCCAAUAUUAUUAGAACUAAUUAUUUCAACAAUGAUUACAAUAAUAAUAAAAAGUUCUCUCGUGGUUUUCACUUCUCUCUAUUCUCUUCCCAGACUAAUCCAUCAUCAUCAUCAUCUUCUAAGACUAAGAGAGAACUCUCUAAAAUGCCUACCCAUUUCUCUAAAUCAGGCAGUGAACAUUCGUGGAUUCAAGACGGCUCCAUGAAUCGGAACUCCACUUCCAGCAACAAAGGGAUGCAAGGUCCAUUGCAUUCGGUGUUUCCCUCAACACCUGCACUAGUCUCUUCCGUGGAGGACCUUUUCGAAUUUAUUUGCUCAGGCCCUCUUAUAAGCAAGUUGGGUUUGACCUCCGAAAUGAUUGCUGAGUCAAUAGACAAAUGGAUAUCAUAUGGCUUGCAGUUGUGCCGAUUAUUUCAGCUUAAUGAAUUAUAUCUUACAGUUCCUCAGAAAGCAAGGUUUUAUCACUAUUAUAUACCGGUCUUCGUUUGGUGUGAAGAUAAGAUUUCUAAGCACGUAACCCAGUUCAAAGACUCUGAAGAUAUACCUCCUUUAGUGAUUGGUUUUAGUGCUCCACAAGGUUGUGGAAAGACCACACUUGUCUUUGCUCUUGAUUAUCUCUUCAAAGUAACUGGCAGGAAGUCCGCAAUGUUAUCCAUAGAUGAUUUCUAUUUAACAGCAGAGGGUCAGGCCAAACUGAGAGAAGCCAGUCCAGGAAAUGCACUUCUAGAGUUCCGAGGAAAUGCUGGGAGUCAUGAUCUUCCAUUCUCUAUUGAAACUCUGUCUGCUCUAAACAAACUGACAAAAGAAGGCAUGAAGAUGAGGCUGCCUCGAUAUGAUAAGUCUGCAUACAGUGGAAGAGGUGACAGAGCUGAUCCUUCAACAUGGCCAGAGGUUGAAGGACCAUUAACAGUUGUGCUAUUUGAAGGUUGGAUGCUUGGUUUUAAACCACUUCCAGUGGAAGUCGUCCAAGCAGUUGAUCCUCAGCUACAGAUCAUAAAUAAGAAUCUUGAAGCCUAUUAUGAUGCGUGGGACAAGUUUAUUAAGGCAUGGGUGGUCAUCAAGAUUCAGGACCCUAGUUGUGUCUACCAAUGGCGUUUGCAGGCAGAGAUUGCCAUGAGGGAGGAUGGAAACCCUGGGAUGACUGAUGAGGAGGUUAAAGAUUUUGUUUCGCGUUACCUACCAGCAUACAAGGCUUACCUUCCCACCCUCUAUGCUGAAGGACCCAAUGGUUCAGAUCCGGAGAAUCUCCUUGUCAUUGAAAUUGAUGAAGGAAGAAAUCCUAUCCUAGGUAAUUAGGUGACUUGACAAUUUCAGGGUGAAGAUUGCUCUGAAUGGCCAAUUUUGAUUUCUUCAAAUGGUGUGAUGCAACUUUUUGCAUGGGCUGGCCUUUGUCUGUAUCAUUAAGGAGAACAGUCAGAUGUAAAUGCAAAUGUACUAAAAAGUAUUAUGCAAAAUAACACGGUUGCUCAAUUGAAUGGAA